AUGUUACUUGGUUCUGGUACUGGUUGCUUUGUCAACUGUGGCAUUCGCAAUUGUUUGGACUCAAAGAAAUGCGCCUUUGAAGAAGAUCGCGAUGAUGAAUUGAUGAUGAUGAUGAAUACAAGGAAGGUGAUUACAUUCCGCUCUUCGCCAACAAAGCUUGUCCUUAUCAAGGAGAUCCAUGGUAAUCAAUAUUUUGAUUUUGUUGAAGAAACAGUUUGUGAGCCAUAUUCAUAUUUUGAUUUGCCAUUCUGCCCUCCUGGAGAUCCAAUACCCAACAGAAAGAAAUCCUUUCAAGAACUUUUAGAAGGAGAUUGCUAUGUCAACACUUGGUAUGAAUUGAGGUUCAAGAUGGGAACAAGAAGGAAGCUCCUUUGUGAGAAAAAUCUGACCAGAGAAGAAGUUGAGAAAUUUAGGGACGCCAUCGCAAAUGAAACUAUGUACGAGCAAGAUGGAGUUAAUGCUUCGGAUCUAGAGUUCCCCCCAAUCCAGUACCAAGUUGGACUUUAUCUUAUCAAUCACCUGGACUUUCAUUUCCUUUACUUAGGAAACAAAGUGAAAGCUAUAUAUGUUAUGGGUCACUACGAUUUUUCUGGGGAAAUAUCUAAGGACUCUGAAAUCAAAGUAGUCAACUUCACGUAUUCUGUCUUCUGGGAAGAUUUUGAAUCCAAGCAAGAGAAUCAAGACGAGGUCAGUGACUUGUCGAAGCACGUUGGAGGAGAUGAUCAUGUGCCUUAUGCUACUACAGCUUUCGUCAUCUGCAUCUGGCUUGGGUUGCUUUGUGCAGUGAUUGUGGCAUACACAUACCUUAGAAAGAUUUCUUUUGGAGAAGCCGCAGGGGUUGGUCAUGGUGAUGCGUGCAGAUGUCCUCGGUACUCGUCCCUACUUGGGGCCAUUCUGGGUGUUGGAACUCAGCAGUUCAUUAUGUAA